AUGCUUGUUUCACCUCUUGCGAAGAAGUAUCGCGUUGGCUGGCUGGAGAAGACUCAAAAGCGAGUUGGAAUCACUUCUGCCAUGAUUGGCCACAUCAAGAGCAUCAAAAUGUCCGGUCUCUCCAAGCAUCUAUCCGACACCAUUGCCGCUCUCCGCGUUCAAGAAAUCGCCGCUUCCAAGCCCUUUAGAGUAAUGAGCGCUGUGACAUCUUCAGUUGCGCAAGUGCCGCUGCUCUUAUCUCCAGUCCUUGCCUUUGGCAUGUUUCAAGGCAUUACAGCGGCAACAGGUCAAGUACUCGACCCGACGAGAAUGUUUGCCGCGCUGUCACUUAUCACGCUACUCGCCCAGCCUCUGUUUUGGGUUUUUGAGGUGGUUCUUGAUUUAAGUGCUGCUUUUGGUGCUUUUGAUCGUAUUCAAAGCUUCUUGGUCAAGUCUACUCGAGAUGAGUAUCGGAUGAUCGAGGUGGCCAAUACUGAUACCUCAACUGCGGUGAUUGGUGAAGAGGCUGGUUUGAUCGAGCUUCAGAACUUUAGGCUUCUUGCUUCUCAUAGUAUAUCGUCAAAUACUUCGCACAACUUGACAGCCGCCAUCGACGUUGAGGAUGCUACAUUUGACUGCUCGCCAGAUCGAUCUAUUCUGAGCAAUGUCACCUUCACCCUUAGCAGCGGCCAGUUUGCUCUCGUAAUAGGCCCCGUUGCAUCUGGCAAGACAACAUUGCUCAAAGGUCUCUUGGGAGAGGUACCUCAUUCUAAAGGAAAGGUUUAUAUGGUUAGAGGCCGUCUUUCUUGGUGUGAACAAACUCCUUGGAUCAUGGUAAGCAAUUUACAAUUCUCUCACGAGGAAAAGAGUCAAGCUCAACAUAUCCAGAAUCAAACAAUCCGAGACAACAUCCUAGGAUACUCUCAUUUUGACCAAGACCUAUAUGACCAAACCGUUAAAGCGUGCGAGCUUGAAGAAGACUUUAGGCAGCUCCCUCAGGGCGACUUCACCGUUGUGGGUAGCAAGGGACUUGCUCUUAGUGGCGGCCAGAAGCAACGUGUGAAAGAUCAUCUGAUUCCGUUAUUUUCUUGCAAGGCGCUGGCUAGAGCCGUCUAUUCUCGACCGCAAAUCGCUCUAUUCGACGACAUCUUUAGCGGAUUAGACAAUGCUACCUCGCAACGCAUCUUCAAGAAUUUGUUCUCCUCCAAUAUUGGGCUGCUGAGAAAAUGGAAGACAACUAUUCUUUUGGCUACGCAAUCAGUCGACUUCCUCACAUCCGCAGACCACAUCAUUGCUCUAGGCCGCGAAGGCAAGAUUGUAGAGCAAGGAUCUUUCGAAACGCUCUCAACUGCGGGUGGAUACGUUCAGUCUUUAAAGGAGAACAAGUCUAUCUCUGUUACUGACGCUGGCCAGGAUGAGAUAUCCUCCGAGUCUGCAGCUGAACCCUCUGUACCAAAGGUUGAAUACAAAGCGAAGCAGAUUGAAGCCAAGGACGAUAAGCGUAGGCAGACAGGAGAUUCGACGGUCUACAAGUACUAUUUUGGCAGUAUUGGGACGCUGUUCAUCGUUACCUUGCUUGGCCUUGAAAUCAUCUGGGCUUUCUUACAGAGCUUUCCAACUGUUUGGCUAGAAUUCUGGUCAGAUUCAAAUGCACAAGGACAUAAUCGACCAGGCUUAUAUCUCGGAGUCUACGCCGUCUUGCAAGUAGUUGGCAUCUUCUGGUUUGCCUUGCUCAUAUGGUUCGUUCUCGUUACCAUUGCAGCAAAGUCUGGACUAUCUCUUCACCACAGGCUUCUCUCAGCAGUCAUUAGUGCACCAUUAUCGCUCUUCACGACCACCGACUUGGGGGCUAUUACUACGAGAUUCUCCCAAGAUAUUGGCAUUCUAGACAAUAACCUUCCGCUCGCCCUCGUGAUAACAAUAGCAAGCUUCUUCGGAGUCCUCGCUAGAGCAGGCCUUCUCGCUGCCUCAUCCUACUACGUAGCCAUCAGCUUCCCCUUUCUCGCAGCGUUAUACUACUUCCUCCAGCGUGGCUACCUCCGCACAUCACGACAGCUUCGUCUUCUCGAUCUCGAAGAAAAAGCCCCCGUCUACACGCAGUUCAUGGAGACACUCUCCGGGAUUUCCACCAUCCGGGCCUUUGGAUGGCAAAAACAAGCCAUCUUGAAGAACCACCAAUUAGUCGACCGGUCUCAGCGGCCCUUUUAUCUGCUCAUCAUGGUCCAGCGCUGGCUUGUCCUCGUGCUCGAUCUCAUCACCACGGCACUCGCUCUCCUCGUUGUUGGUUUUGCCGUCAAACUUCGCGGUUCCGUCUCAGUUGGACUCGCCGGUGUAUCUCUAGUCCAGCUCAUUUCCAUGAGCGAAACGCUCAACAUGCUCAUCCAAUUCUGGACUUCUAUUGAGACUUCUAUCGGGGCUGUUGCUCGUAUCAAGCAAUUUGCAGAGGAGACCCCAAACGAGAGUCUUUGGGGAGAGAAUCAAGAGCCGCCUGUCGACUGGCCUAACCGAGGACAUGUUGUCAUACGUGACCUUGAAGCGUCGUAUGGCGAUAAUGGUGAUAUCAAGGCUCUCGAUGGCGUUACCCUGGAUUUGAAGCCUGGCGAAAAAGUUGGAGUGUGUGGGCGUACAGGAAGUGGAAAAUCAUCUCUUCUUCUCAGCAUCCUCCGCCUACUCGACCCCUCUUCUGGUACUCUAAGCAUUGAUUCCAUUCCCUUGAACACCAUCUCCCGGGAAGUUAUCCGCUCUCGUCUUAUCACCGUAGCUCAAGACCAAUUCGUCCUCCCCGGCACGAUACGCCAAAAUAUCGAUCCUUCGUCCUCAUAUCCUCAAGGUGCCAUUAUUGAAGCUCUCCAAGCAGUCAAUUUAUGGAACGUAAUCGACGCACGAGGUGGCCUUGAUGCUACUUUCGAAGAGGAUAUGCUUAGCCAUGGGCAGAAGCAGUUGUUUUUCCUUGCGAGAGCUGUGUUGAAGAAAGAUUGCGGCAAAGUUGUGCUCCUUGACGAGGCUAGCAGUAGCUUAGAUAAAGAAACCGAGCAACUGGUCCGCACCACCAUCAAUACGCAUUUCAAGAACCACACCGUUAUCUCCAUCGCCCAUCAUCUCGCGACAAUUCUCGAUUUCGACCGCGUCGUGGUCAUGGAGAAGGGCCGCGUUGUUGAAGUUGGAUCACCACGAGAGCUCUUGCAGUCCCCUGGCCGCAGCAGAUUUAAAGCUCUGUGGGAGGCAAAUAGCCGUGGAGCUAUCGAUGGAGAAUAG